AUAUGCUAUGAUUAUAGGAGAAGUAAUAUCAACUAAAUUUUCUGUUGAAAUCAGAGCUAUGAAACUGACAGAAUUAUUUGAAAAAAAUGCAGAAACUCUGUGGAUUCUAGAAGUAUUAGAUUUCUACAAAUUCAUGGAAAGCAGUUGAUAAUUUUUUGUAUCUUUUUACCAAUAUAAAUUUUUAUUUUUCUAUUAUAUGCAGAAAUCUGUGUAGAAUGUUACUAAAUUAUUUUAAAUGUUAUCCUUUAUUGCUUAAUCUGCCAAGAAGUAUUUCUGUAUCGGCAAAAUGUUGUGAAAAAGGAGAAUUUAAGGAAUUGGUGAAAAUAGCAAAUGUAUCUAAACCCAUAUGUAAAACAAAGAGUCCACACUUAGUACCAGUUGGAUACUUGCCUAAGAUACCUAAUCAGAGUUUGAUUCGUCAUCUGCAAUGGAUAAUGAAAAAAGAUCUUUUGAAGCAAGAUAUGUUUUUGAUUGGUUUACCAGGACCACUUCGUGGUCGCAUUAUCCUUCAGUAUUUAGAAAUAAUGCAUCAGGAAGUAGAAUAUGUUGUAUUGUCUCGAGACACUACAGAAAAUGAUUUGAAACAGAGAAGAGAGAUUUUGGAAGGUACAGCUCAUUAUAUAGAUCAAAGUGCAGUACGUGCAGCUAUUGAAGGGCGGUUUCUUAUUCUUGAUGGGAUUGAGAAGGUUGAGAGAAAUGUUUUGCCUGUAUUAAACAAUUUGCUUGAAAAUCGUGAAAUGCAGCUUGAAGAUGGACGCUUUCUUAUUGCUCCAGAGAGGUAUGAUAAGCUUUUAUCUGAAUAUUCAAAAAAAGUUUUAGAUGAAUGGAAAUUAGUUCGUGUAUCAGAAGAUUUUAGAGUAGUUGCUUUAGGGUUACCUGUACCUCCAUUUAAAGGGAAUCCACUUGAUCCACCAUUUCGAUCAAGGUUCCAAGCUCGAUUUGUUCAGUUAAAUUUUGAAGAUCAAAUUGGUGAGUUUUCUGAUCAACAUUACAAAAUUUCAAAAGAUGCAUUAAAAAAUUUUGUUUCAGCAUGCUACACAUUCGUCUCUAAUGAAUCAGCAGCUUUAGGUCUUCCAAAAUUUCCCAUUGAAAAUUUAUAUAAUGCAUUAGAACUGUUGAAUAAUUUUCCUACCCUUCCAAUGGAAUGCAUUUUAAAAUGGAUGUAUCCAUAUUCAAUUUUAUCUGAAGAAGCGCAGAAGGCUGUACUGCACACAUUAAAGACAUUUACAGUUAAUCCGCAAAAGACUAGGACUAAUGUUAAAGUUAUUAAAAAUGUAUAUGGAAAUAAUAAGUUUUCCUGCCCUGUAGAAUUUCAUAUUGAUGGUGAAAAAACUGUACUUCAUGUACUUGGCCAUAAACAAAGUAAUAAAGUUAUUUCACAUCCCAAUUUCAUCCCAAAUCCAUAUCAUGAUAGUAUUUUAGCCGAUAUGUUUCAAACACAUACAGUUCAAGAUUUUUGUAUUGUUGGCAAUAAAGGUAGUGGAAAGUCCAUUUUAGUGAAGCAAUUUGCUUCACUUCUUAAUUAUCCUGUGGAGAUGGUUAUGCUUUAUAAAGAUAUGACAGCUAGGGAUUUACUACAACAAAGGAUUACAGAUGAAAAAGGAAAUACAUUAUGGAGGCCUUCUCAGCUUGUUAAAGCUGCACAAGAGGGAAAACUUCUUGUGUUAGAUGGCUUGCAUAGACUUCAUUCUAGUACUUUGUCAGUGCUACAAAGGCUGAUACAUGACCGUGAAAUGUAUUUGUAUGAUGGAACAAGGUUAUUACGGCAUGAUCGUUACAAAUUGAUUAAAGAAAAAUGUCAACUUUCAGAUAAAGAAAUGGAAGAUAGAAAACUUUUACCAAUACAUCCCUCAUUUCGCAUUAUAGCAUUAGCUGAAUCUCCCAAACAGAGUUCCAAAAAUGUCUGGAUGACUCCUGAAUUGAUGUCUAUGUUUAUGUUUCAUGUUGUACGUCCUUUAUCUUUACAGGAGGAAAAAAUGGUUAUUCAAAGUUUAGUAGGGAAAAUAAGUGAGAAAAUUGAUUUAGUUUUGAAUUUUGCCCAUGCAUUGAGAAGCUCUAAAGAUGAAGCUCUGCAGAAUGUUAGUGGAUCUUUUUCUACCCGGCAACUUAUUCGAAUUGCUCGAAGAUUAUCUUCUUUCCCAAAUGAAAGUGUCUUUUCAUUGAUAACACAAGCUUGUUUAUUGAAAUUUUUACCUCAGCUUACUAAACAAGCUGUUGAAAAUGUUCUUGAAGGCUGUGGUAUUGAUGAUCUUCAGACAUCAGUUUUAAGAGAUAUUGAUGUGAAUGAAAGCAAACUUCGUAUAGGAAGUACAAGUGCCUUUGUUUCUACACCUGGCUCUAGUAAAGUCAAAGUUCCAGAAAUUAUUUUCUAUAAUAGCCAAGAACAUUUAGAAGUAAUGGAAGCCAUGUUACAAGAUUUUCUUUUGGGAGAGCAUUUGCUUUUGGUAGGAAAUCAGGGUGUGGGAAAGAAUAAAAUAGCUGACCGUUUCUUACAGCUGUUAAAUCGGCCUAGAGAAUAUAUUCAGUUACACAGGGAUACAACUGUCCAGUCUUUGACUCAACAGCCAACUGUAGUUGAUGGUAAAAUUGUUUAUGAGGAUUCUCCACUUUUAAGAGCAGUUCAGCUUGGACAUAUAUUGGUAGUGGAUGAAGCUGACAAAGCACCAACUCAUGUUACUAGUAUUUUGAAAGCUCUAGUUGAAUCAGGUGAAAUGAUGCUUUCAGAUGGCAGACGUAUUAUACACCACACUGAUGCAAAUUCACAAGAAAAUUCUGAUACUGUAAUUAUGCAUCCUGAUUUUAGAAUGAUAGUUUUGGCAAACAGACCGGGCUUUCCAUUUUUGGGUAAUGAUUUCUUUGCUACUUUGGGUGAUAUAUUUAGCUGUCAUGCUGUGGAUAACCCUACACUUGAAUCAGAAAUAUCAAUGUUGCAUCAGUAUGGCCCUCAGGUACCAGAAUACAUACUUCGAAAGUUAACAAAAUUUUUUGGAGAACUCCGAUAUAUGUCAGAUUCUGGAUUAAUUUCUUAUCCUUAUUCUACACGUGAAGUUGUAAAUGUUGUUAAGCAUCUUAAUAAAUAUCCUGAGGAUGGAAUAUCACAUGUUUUAAAAAAUGUUUUUGAUUUUGAUAAUUUUAGUUUAGAAUUAAAAGAAACAUUGGAAAGAUUAUUUGAAAAACAUGGAAUACCUAGUGAAAAUCAAACCAUCAAAGUAAAAAUAGCAGAUAAAUUUAAUCUUCCAAAACCUCAUUAUAAAGCAGAGUGGCAGGUGGAAAAUAUUUCUGAUUGCUGGACGAUAAAAUUACAUAAACUGUAUUGCGAAAAUAUUUGUAAGUUACCUGUCUUGUCACAAAAUCUUGAUUUUGAAGAUGCAAGAGCUACAUUAUUUUCUGAACAACAAAGUUAUUACCAACUACCUUUAAAUGAUGAUAAUAUUCCCAUUGACAUGGCAACGUCACCAAGUUUAAAUGAUGGAAUUAUUUAUGUGGCAACAGCAAACCCAGUAUCCUUGUUCAAAAUUGAUACUGUCAAAACAAUAUUAAGCUGUGUCAAUUUGUCUGGAUAUUUUCCAACUGUGAGAAGUGGAUUUAAGCCAAAAAUAAAAAUUUGCACUUUAAGCUCACCUUAUGACGGAUUUGUUUUUUUCCAUGAGAGUAUGACGGAACAAACAUUUUUAGUUAAUCCAUCAAAUGGAAUCAUGAAUAAAGUACAUUUUUUUAAUGCUGUUGAAGAAGCAGUUUCUAAAAUUACUCGUGCUGUGUAUUCUAAACCGGUACAAAGCAAUUUUCAGUUGCACGUGGGCUUUCCAUCUGGUAAGAAAAUAUUACUUUAUGGUAAAUAUGGUUCAAAGCUGAUACUUUUAGAUUUUCACACUAAUCAAUCUCUUCAUGUAGAAACACGAGAAAAUAUUAAGCAAAUCAUAGUAUUAGAUGAAACUAGUUUAAUUUUAAGAGGUGAAGCAAGUAAUUUCAUUGUAGAUAUUUCAGAUUCAUCGAAAUGGCUUGUGAGAAAAAUUAAGAAAUGUGAUGAUUUAUUUGGACAUUCAAAUUUUAAUGUAAAAUUAAUAAAAAAUCAUAAUUUAGUGUCAAACUUGAAUGUGAUUAAUAAUAAUGUUCAUAAAGCAUUAAUGUCUAAUUCAGAGGAUUAUGCAUCCAUUAUUUCUGGUUCUUUCUUCAAUGGAAAUAUUUUACAGGUGAUGGGCUACCCAAGAAAUAGCAGAAUUUCUCUUGAAAAUGUGAAAAGUUGUAUAUUACCUCUAACUUCACAAAUAGUUCGAUUUUUUCCAUCAAAUGCCCUCCUUGAAAGAGUUAAUUUUCGUAAUAACAAUAGUGGAUAUUUAGAAGUGGUAGAUGUCAAAGAUUCAAUUUAUUAUUACUUACGCAUCAGUUUCCCACCAAGAAUGUCUCCUUUUGCUAGUUGGUUAGCUGAUACAUCUGAGCAAUAUUUAAUAAUGUGUAUGUCAUCAGCUGAAGAGCUGUUUACAGCAGAUGCAAAAGGAUGUAUUAGGAAAUGGGAAGUUAAUCGACUUUCGUUAAGUAAUUCCUUUCAGGAGUGGAAAAAACUUGCAGGUUUGGAUAGUAAUCAGCAGCUUUCUAUAGAGUAUGUGAAUCCAAAUGCAGUAAAUGAGCCUAAGCAUGGUAAAGUAGAUUCAACUGGGGCACCUCAUGUUGGAGGGAAUACCUGGGCUGGUGGUACUGGUGGAAGAGAUACUGCAGGCCUGGGAGGGAAAGGUGGCCCAUAUCGAUUAGAUGCAGGUCAUAAUGUGUUCCAAGUAUCAGAUGCUGAGAAAGAAGCAGUCCCUUUGGAAAUCAAAAAUGCUGCCAGGAAAAUGGCAAUGAAGGCAUAUAAAGACAAGCUUAAAGAAAUAGAAAUGAGUGAAUAUGAUGCUGAGCUAUAUGAAAACUUUCUUUUUAAUGUUAAGAAACAAAUUAAUAUUUUGCGUGUUAUUCUAGAGGGAUUGCAAGCAAAAAGCAAGGAGCGGCUGUGGAUGAAACACCAGACAUCUGGAGAAUUUGACGAUACAAAAUUAAUUGAAAGUAUAACAGGUGAGAAAAACAUUUAUAGAAAAAGAGGAGAUCUUGAGCCAGAAGUUGGAAGUCCACAAGAGAAACCAAAGCUUUUAAGGCUUGUUGUUGAUGUUAGUGGAAGUAUGUAUCGCUUCAAUGGACAUGACAACAGACUUCAGAGAGAAUUAGAAAGUGUAGUUCUAGUAAUGGAAGCUUUUGAUGGAUAUCAGGAAAAAUUUCAAUAUGAAAUCAUAGGUCAUUCUGGCGAACAUCACUGCAUUGAAUUUGCACAGUUUGGUAGCCCUCCAAAGAACAAUAAAGAACGGUUAAAUAUUCUUAAGAAAAUGUAUGCUCAUUCUCAGUUCUGCAUGAGUGGAGAUAAUACACUGGAAGCAACUUCACAAGCCAUAAAGACUAUUACAAAAAAUGAUGCUGAUGAAUAUUUUGUCAUUGUCUUAAGUGACGCCAAUUUUGAUAGGUAUGGCCUUUCACCCAAGUCAUUCGGAAAUCUUUUGAUUUCAGAUGCUAAAGUUAAUGCUUUCGUGAUAUUUAUAGGUUCACUAGGUAAUCAGGCAUCUGUAUUAUCUAAAAAAUUACCAGCUGGUCGAGGAUUUAUAUGUUUUGACUCUUCAAACCUCACUGAGAUAUUACAAAAGAUAUUUACUUCUGCCUUAUUUAGAGAUUAAAAAGUAUUGAAACAGAUUAAUUUUAUAAGUAAAUACAGUCAAAAGUCGUUAAUUGGGACACCCAUAAUCCGGAAUGAUCUAUAAUCCGGACCUCAAAGCUACAAACUUUCUGCGCAUGCGCGUAAGACCUUUACCGCUGCGAAUUUGCGCGUGC